GGGGAAGGAUUCUACGUGUCCGAUGACUUUGACGCAGCUUGCUGCUGGGCUAAAAGAAAGAAAGAAUGUGGCCAUGCAGUUUUAGUAUUUCGAUUACAAGAACAAAGUUUUUCAAAUUGUUUUUUGGACCUAAAUAGAAAUAAAACCUUUUGGAGAAAAGUCGUUCGAUUUAAUCGAUCAGGUUAUAAAAAAGAAGUGGACCUAAAUGAAGGUAUUUCACAGGGUAAUAUGGGGAAGAAAAACUCAGCAACACUAAAGAAUUUACACUUCAAUGAAAUAGAUUUUAUUAAAGGGCCAAUUUGUUAUGACGUACCAAAAAUACUAGAUGACAACUGUACUGAACCCCCAAUCCUUAUGACAAACAGAUCCGGUAGAGUAAUACAACAACUUUGUAUAAGAACCCAUAGCUAUGCUCAGGUCUUUGGAUCCCUUGCUAAUAUAUGCGCAGUUAUCUGGUUUCUUCCAGGCCCACAAUAG